CAUUUUUCUCGAUCCGUUCGUGGAUUCGUGCUUUAUUGCGGGUAUUAUCCGGAAAAUACGUCGAAAUCUCCCCCGAAAUAGCGAUGUACGUGUGCCGGGUGUGUCUGGCAGAGGACCGCCCCGUGUACGCUCCGUUAUUUUCCGUCCAGGGAAAACUAACCGUCGCCAAAACGAUCGUUUACUGCACGGGUCUGGUAAUCAAACGAAAUGAUGGACUGUCCCAGUUCGUUUGUAGCACCUGCGUCGAAGAUUUCAACAAAUUCGCCAAACUCAAGGAACUGUGCAUUCAGUCGGCCACUAUCCUUCAAACGAAUCUUCACCGGUCGGAUGAAAAACCUUUGGAAGAAUCAUCAACAAGUGGGUCCAUCUCGAACGAGGAAGACGCCGAAAUGACCUCAGAAUCCCUGGACAGUACCAUCGUUAUCGAAGAAAUCAAGCUAACCCAGGAGAACAAUGAAACCAAAGUGAUCACGGAACAAUGGGUCGUAGAGAUGCACGACCCAGCGGAGGCAGAUUACGAACGCCUCGAAGCUUUGGAUGAUCCGGACUUCAUGGACCCGGAUGAUACCCCAACCGAGCAACCGCAACAAUCAGCUUCUUCACCCAAAAGCAGGAAACCUCGCAGGAGAAGAAAAUCUCUCGACCUGUGCUCAGAUCAAUCGCUGUUCAUCUGUUGCAGUUGCCCUGGCAAAGUGUACGACAGCCUCCAGAAACUGGAAGCCCACCGAACGGAUCAGCACAACAAGUAUCGCAUCUCGGAAAGCACCAUCCGCCCGUUCGAGUGCGAUGUCUGCUUCCAGCGAUUCCUAACCGAGAAGCAUCUCACCCAACACAAGAAACGCCCGUACAAGAAACGGAAAUUCGUCUGCUCCUCCUGUGGGAACGCUUUCCUCGCUAUCAGCACCCUGAAGAAGCAUGAGGAAACCUGCACCACAACGGAGCUCAAUUACGAGUGCAAUGAGUGCGGAAAGCGGUUUAUGCAGUCCGGUUCGCUGCGAAAUCACAUGAAGCUGCACACCUCGGAGAAGACCCAUUCAUGUCCAAUUUGUGGGAAAACAUUUCUGAAAAAGUUCGAGGUUCCGAUCCACAUGGUGACGCACACGACGGAGCAGCCGUUUCCGUGCGAUCAGUGUCCGGCGAGGUUCAAGCGGAUGCAGGCCUUGCGGAACCACCAGCGCCACCACAGCAAUCCCACACCGUACAAGUGCGAUAUGUGCGACGAGUGGUUCAAUAGCUUUAGUUCGAGGAAGUACCACCGGCAGAAGGUGCACGAAGGGAUCGAACCGUUUCGGUGCGAACAGUGCGGGGCUGCGUAUGGACGGAAGAGCCGCUUGGAUCAUCACAUCCGGAAGGCGCAUCCUAGUGGGACGUGAACUGGAAAGGUAGGUUUCCUUUUGUUGCGAGUCUGAUUAGAAUAAUACUGAUUGA